UGCAGGUGAAAAGUGCCGCCCAUCAGUGAUUCGAGAUGGCCUGGAACAAGUCUGGGAACAACUUGACGGGGCUUUUUUCGUCCCUGGACAACCAGUUUGACUCGUCGAACGAUUCCGGGUGGUCCAAGGAUGGAGAUGCCGCCUACCAGAUGCUGGGUCCACGUCGAGACGCGCUUUACGUUGUGGUUCCCAUCACGGUGAUGUACGCGUCGAUAUUCCUCACGGGGAUAAUCGGUAACGUGAGCACGUGCAUCGUCAUCGCCAGAAACAAGUCCAUGCACACGGCUACCAACUACUACCUCUUCAGCUUGGCGGUUUCAGACUUGCUGCUCCUGGUCUCCGGACUUCCGCCGGAGAUCUAUCUCGUCUGGUCAAAGUAUCCGUACGUAUUCGGCGAGGGUUUCUGCGUCUUAAGGGGACUCGCAGCCGAGACGUCGACGAACGCCACCGUCUUGACGAUAACGGCGUUCACCGUCGAACGAUACGUGGCCAUCUGCCACCCCUUUCUCUCGCACACCAUGUCCAAGCUCUCCAGAGCCAUAAGGUUUAUCCUGGUGAUCUGGCUGGUCGCCCUUUCUUUCGCCGUGCCGCAGGCCCUCCAGUUCGGCAUCGUCGUCCACCCCGACAACGCUUCGGACAUCGUUAUGUGCACCUACAAGACGGUGAUCCUUGAGCAUUCCUUCGAGCUUUCGACCUUCCUCUUUUUCCUCGUGCCCAUGACUCUUAUUACUGUUCUUUAUGCUCUCAUCGGACUCAAGCUCAGGAAGUCGAAUAUGAUGAAAAGGGUCUCAGGCAGCGGUUCUAACGGCCGAAAGGGCGCCGUCGUCACGUUGAGGAAGGACAGCAGGAACUGUCGACACAGCACCGGAAGGUCGUCGCAUCGUGUUCUUAAAAUGCUCGUGGCUGUUGUGGUGGCGUUUUUCAUCUGCUGGGCACCGUUUCACGUCCAGAGGCUGAUCGCGAUCUACGGGACUAACACGGUGGACCACAUAAGCUCCAACAGUCCUUGGAUGGCCUUUCUCUAUUUGCUGUUCACCUAUAUUUCCGGGGUUCUUUACUACUUCUCAACGACCGUCAACCCCAUCCUCUACAAUAUCAUGUCCAACAAGUUCCGCGAGGCUUUCAUGGAAACCCUCUCCCGCUGCUGUAGACUCGGUGGCUACAAGGGUAGGCGAAGCCAGCGUCGUUCUUACUCGACCCUCUCGCGGUCCCAGCAGCGAGCAAACUGCGUCUUUAGCUGCCGAAACGGGGGCCCACAUGGGGCCCAAGAAAGCACGGACUGUUCGGGCAACUCGCAGUCAAUCAGAGACGACAGCUUGCAGCAAAGCGUCUCGGGGGGCGGGGGUUGCAACUUGGUCUCGAAGAACCCUUCGUGCGAUUCGCGCCCCCCGAUAUCGGGAAAGCGUUCCUCGUCUCGUCGGACGCUGAGCACAGAAAUCGGCAGCAGCGAGGCGAACCCCAGCAGCGUUAAGAUCAGCGUUCAAAAUCAGCGAGGACGGUGGUCGCAAGCUCGCAAAAGCUCGUCACGACGGUUGGGGAGUCCGCAGAGUCCUGAGGGGGCUGCAAAGGUUCGAGGAACGGCGAUCGUCUACUACAGGAGGCGCGGGGGGAGGCGGUGGACCCGCCGGUGGUGGGACAUCUUCAAGUGGCUUUCGGACCGAAAGCCCAUCGCCGGAAGUGGGGCGGGAUAUUCGCCCCCCGGACCCCUGGAGAACGUCAUCAUUGACGUGCAGAUAAACCCUGAGGAGUACUCGAUGACCCCGUGCAACAUCAGCAACACCAGCCUCAGGGACAUCGACCACACAGCAAUGGACGAGGAGCUUUCCGCCUACAUGGAGGAGAUCAGAAGGAGGGAGGUUCAGGGUGAAAUUAGGGCCUCAGGGAACGGCUAGGCGAAAACCUGCGCUCCCGAGGGACACUUUCGUCUUCUUUUUCU